AUGGAACCAUCCUCAUCAUCAUCCACGGCCAACCAACCAGGAGAGCCCCGCUCGCUGCGAAACAACCGGUUCCUAGCCAAGGCGAAGAUCAGAAACAACCAGAUCACGUUCCGAGACGAUGGGGAUCCGACUCCCAGCAGCAGCACGAGCACGCGGGACAGCAGCCGAAAACGGACGCGAGAUGGGGGCUCACUCGCGGAUGACGGGGCGCGGUCGGCGGCGCCAUCGAAGGCAGACCCUGCAAGCCUCAAGCCGCUGCCGAAACGGGUCCGGACAUUCGUCGACUACGACCUCAGCACGAUGACGAACUCCAAGGGCGGCUUCCUGCUGGACAACGAGCAGGACGACCCCCGUCUGAUCAAGCAACGCCAGCAGAUCGAGGAGCUCAAGAAGCAGCGGCUCAAGCAGGCCGAACGUCUCAGCCAAGCACCCAAUCUGUCGUUGGAUAAGAGCCAGAAUCCCAAGUGCACGGUGUGUGGCUCGGUGGAGCUGGAUAUCCAGUUGUUCCAGGUCUUCAAGGUGCCGGUCUGUCGCAAGUGCAAGAACGAGCAUCCGGAGCGGUUCAGUCUGCUGACGAAGACGGAGUGCAAACAAGACUAUCUCUUGACGGAUCCCGAGCUGAAGGACAGCGAGCUACUGCCGCACCUGCUGAAGCCGAACCCGCACCAGUCGACGUACUCGAACAUGAUGCUUUUCCUCCGGGAGCAGGUGGAGGCCUAUGCGUUCUCGGAGCGCAAGUGGGGUUCGGCCGAGGCCCUGGAUGAGGAGUUCGAGCGCAGAGAGACGGCCAAGAAGGAGCUCAAGAACCGCAAGUUCGAGGCCCAGCUCCGGGAGCUCCGCAAGAAGACCCGCUCGAAUGUCUGGCAUCGCAGGCAGGAAGCUGUCCAUGUCCAUUCCUUCGAGGCGGUCGAGCAGCCGUCCCCCUCGGGCACGCUCAUCCAGAAGUGUUCUGGGUGCGGAUUGCAAAACGAAGUCGAGAUCUUUUGA